GAGUCAGGCGUCAUAUACUGAAGCGCUCGACGCACGCGCUUCGACAUGGCUUGAAAUACCGCAUUAAAGUGCUCCACUGUAGUCUUUUGCUGCUGAAAAGCCGGACUGUUGCGCUAAAUUUUGUCGACACUGAGUACCAGAGCCGAGAAGCGUCGGUUAGUGCGGGUCUCUGUCAUCUAGAGGCUUUGCUCUGUGGAGAAAAGUAACUGCGUCUCCGCUCAUCUCAUUGUAGUCGAAGAUGGAGCCACCCGCCGGGACCGGACUGAAGCUCUUGCUGUGGAUUUUAAGCCACAUCAGCAUCUCUCAGGCAGCUUCUCCAUCAUCCCAAAAAUGUGACGAAACACUGGUCACACCACUCCCCCACAAUGCCUUCACCAGCUCCUCUGUGUUCACUAGUGGCUAUGCACCUGGAUACGCCAAGCUAAACAAAAGAGGAGGUGCUGGGGGCUGGUCUCCGCUGGACAGUGAUCAUUACCAGUGGCUGCAGGUCGACCUGGGAAACAGAAAACAGGUCACAGCCAUCGCCACGCAGGGUCGAUAUAGCAGCUCUGAUUGGACAACACGCUACCGGCUGCUCUAUAGUGAUACAGGCAGGAACUGGAAACCAUACCAUCAAGACGGCAACAUCUGG